AUACUUCUCAUUUGCAUGUGGGUCACUGAGGAGGAGAACUAUGGGAUUUUUUUCAAAACAAUAAAGAUGGAUGUGAUAACUGGACUUAGUCCCCUGCUCUUCAGGAAGCUCAGUAAUCCUGACAUAUUUUCAUCCACUGGAAAAGCUAAACUUCAACGACAACUUAGUCAGGAUGACUCUAAGUUACGGAGAGGAAGCCUGGCCAGUUCUUUGUCAGGUAAGCAGCUGCUCCCCUUGUCCGGCAGUGUACAUAGCAGUGUGGGACAGGUGACUUGGCAGUCUUCAGGAGAAGCAUCAAACCUGGUUCGAAUGAGGAAUCAGUCCCUCGGACAGUCUGCGCCUUCUCUUACUGCUGGCUUGAAGGAGUUGAGUCUUCCAAGAAGAGGCAGCUUUUGUCGGACAAGUAACCGCAAGAGUUUGAUUGUGACCUCUAGCACAUCACCUACACUACCACGGCCACACUCACCACUCCAUGGCCACACAGGUAACAGUCCUUUGGACAGCCCCCGGAAUUUCUCUCCAAAUGCACCUGCUCACUUUUCCUUUGUUCCUGCCCGUAGCCAUGGCCACAGAGCAGACAGCCGAAGGAGCAAGCGGAGCCGGUGCAAGGAUGGGCAAGAAAGCAGAAAAAGGAGCUCCCUGUUCCGGAAGAUCACGAAGCAGGCAUCCCUACUCCACACCAGCCGCAGCCUUUCUUCCCUUAACCGCUCUUUGUCAUCAGGGGAGAGUGGGCCAGGCUCUCCCACACACAGCCACAGCCUUUCUCCCCGAUCUCCCACUCAGGGCUACAGGAUGACCCCUGAAGCUGUGCAUUCAGUGGGGGGAAAUUCAUCACAGAGCAGCUCCCCCAGCUCAAGCGUGCCCAGCUCUCCAGCUGGCUCUGGGCACACACGGCCUAGCUCCCUCCACGGUCUGGCGCCCAAGCUCCAACGCCAGUACCGCUCUCCACGGCGCAAGUCAGCAGGCAGCAUCCCACUGUCACCACUGGCCCACACCCCUUCUCCACCACCAGCAGCUUCACCCCAGCGAUCCCCAUCACCCCUGUCUGGCCACGGAGCCCAGGCCUUCCCUACCAAGCUUCACGUGUCGCCUCCCCUAGGCCGGCAACUCUCACGGCCCAGGAGUGCGGAGUCACCCCGCUCACCACUACUUAAGAGGGUGCAGUCAGCUGAGAAACUGGCGGCUGCACUUGCUGCUUCCGAGAAGAAGCUAGCCACUUCUCGAAAACAUAGCCUUGACCUGCCCUACCCUGAGCUAAAGAAGGACUUGCCACCCAGGGAAGUCAGCCCUCUGGAGGUAGUUGGGACCAGGAGUGUGCUGUCUGGGAAGGGGGUGCCGCCAGGAAAAGGGGUGCUGCAGGCUGCUCCCUCACGGGCCCUAGGAACCCUCCGCCAGGACCGGGCUGAACGGCGAGAGUCGCUGCAGAAGCAGGAAGCCAUCCGGGAGGUUGACUCUUCAGAAGAUGACGCUGAUGAGGGGCCUGAGAACAGCCGAGGUGUACAGGAGCCAAGCUUGGUACCUAACCCAGAAGUGGGCCAGGAUCCACUCCUCCGAGGAGCAGGAGCAGGAGAGGGUGAGGAAGAGGAUGCCUUCUUGCCCAGGGAUCCCAGGAGCCAGGGCCCAGUGGUCCCAGGCCUACUGACAGGGGUCACACUGGGAUCUCCCAGAAUGGAAGGCCCUAGUGUCCCCCAGAAGAGGCUUGGGAUCCUACAAGCCUUUGAAGAGGCUGCCAGCUCCUCAUCAUCAGCCCCCAACCUGGGUAGGGCUGGACCCACAGACCCCAUCCCCCCUGAAGUCUGCUGGAAGGCCCAGCACCUCCACACCCAGGCACUAACAGCACUUUGUCCGAGCUCUUCAGGACUCAUCCCCAACAGUUGCUCCACUGCCUCCACCUCUGGAGAGCUGGGCCUGUGGUCCUGGAAAUUCACUGUUGAAGGCCCUGACAGGGCAUCCCCAACCAGAAAGGCAACAAUGAAAGAUGGACUGGCCAGCUCCCAGGAUUUGGAAACUACAACUCCAGUCCACCCUGCAAACCUGUCUGCCAGACAGGAGGGGAAGUUAUGGCCACCCAGUGCCCCUGGGCUGGCCCAUCUACCUUGUGAGGUUCCUAGCCAGAGCUGGCUAUGGGAGCCUGAGUGUACACAAAGAGAGGAAGAGGAGCCAGCCCUGGGUAUCACCAAAGUGCCUGAUGCCUCAGGUGACAGGAGGCAGGACAUUCCAUGCAAAAGCUGCCCCCUCACCCAGGAGCCUGGGCCCAGCCUGCUCCAAAAGGGCCGAGACCCAGGGGGCCCUCAGAAGCAUCAGGACUUGGCAUUGGCACCCGAUGAGCUUUUAAAGCAAACAUAGAGGUUGUUUGCCAUUUCUUGCACUCAGUCCUGUGUAAUACACGCUCUU